AUGGCUGUGUAUGUGGAUCAUCGGGCAGAAGCUCCGGAUUCAGUUGCUUCCCCUUCUCACAUAGCAUGGCACCCACUCCAUCCGCUCCUGGCAGUCGCGUCCAUCAGCACAGCCUCUGGGGGCUGCGUGGACAUCUACCUGGAACAGGGAGAACAUGUGCCUGAUGCACAUGUUGAGAGAAGCUUCCAGGUCACAUCGCUUUCCUGGCACCCUUCCAGACCCAUUCUUGCAGCAGGCUGGGAGACGGGAGAAAUCGUCAUCCUGAACAAGCAAGACAAGGAGCAGCACGCUGUGCCGCCGCAUCAUGACGCCCAAAUUGCGGUCCUGAACUGGAGUACAACUGGUACCCACCUUGUGUCUGGUGACAGGCACGGUGUCUUGGUUCUGUGGAGAACGGACCAGCGAGGCAGAGUGCAGGAUCCUGCCCUGCUCCAACAGGAGUAUGGAAAGGGGCUGUCUCACUGCGUCUUUCGACCACCCCCUCCGGCCGAGGACUUUGUGCAGCUGGCAAAAGCAGCUGUGGGUGGUGAUGAGAAGGCCUUGGAUAUGUUUAACUGGAGAAAACCUGGGACAGGAGCACCUCUGAAAAUGGGACUCCAGGAAGGGCUGUCCUUCUUUGUCACUUUGACAGAUGGUUCUGUGCAUUAUGUGAAUGAGAAAGGGAAGACAAGGCAUCUGCUGUCCACAGACAGUCUCAUCCAAAAGCUUCUGUUCCUGGAGGAAAGAGGCGUUUUAGUUGUAGUAACAGAGAACCUGCAGUUGUCCUUGCAUGCAGUAACUCUGGAGGGAGAGGCAGAAGAGCUCCUGAAGGUGAAGUUGAGUGGGAAGACAGGUCAUUCUGCUGACAUCAUUUUCAUAGAUCAUAGCCUCGUGGUUACAGCACUUGGAGAGACGGUCAUCAGGUUCUGGGAUUUGGACCGAGAUGAGAACUAUGUGCUCUCCCCAGAUGUGCAAUUUGGCUUUGAGGGAGGAGAGUGCAUUAACUGUGUUUCUUACUGCAGUGCUAAAGGUCUCUUGGCAGCUGGUACGAACAAAGGGAGAGUAGCCAUGUGGAGGAAAGCAGCAGGAUCCUGUCAGAGCACACGGGCUUUGGAGGGCAAGGAGAAGUGGAAGCUCCAGGCACCCACGGAACUCGAAGGAAAUGUCACUCAGAUAAAGUGGGGGUCCAGAAAAAACCUGCUGGCGGUGAACGCCAUGAGCUCUGUGGUGAUCCUCAGCGAGCAGGCCACGUCAUCUCAUUUCCAUCAGCAAGUGGCCGUCGUGCAGGUGUCUCCCAACCUGUUUAACGUGACCUCCUUCAGCACAGGAGCUACACACAGUCUUCGUGUUGAUAUGAAUGUCAACGGAGUCUUCACUACUAAGGAUGCUGUAGUAUUCUGGAAUGGGAAGCAAGUUACCGUCUUUGAGUGCGCAGGAGAUACCUUCAGAAGUGCAGGCUCUUUUCUUUGUGACUCUCCAGUUCUGUCCGUGCAUGGAGAAAAUCUGUACACAGUUGAGCCCUAUCGGGUCCAGGUCCGCACUUGGCAGGGCACAGUUAAACAGCUGCUGGUGUUCUCCGAAGCCGAGGGGAAUCCGUGCCUCUUGGAUGUCUGCGGAAAUUUCCUGGCUGUGGGAACCGAUUUGGCUCACUUCAAAAUCUUUGAUCUCUCUCGCAGAGAGGCAAAAGUGCACUGCAAUAGCAAGAAUUUCUCUGAGCUGUUUCCUGGCCUUGGAGGCAUUGCGUCUGUCAAGUGCAAUGCCAAUGGCAAUAAAGUCAGCAUCCUUGUUAGCAAGGCAGAUGGGAACAUUGAUUCCAAGAUCUGUUUCUAUGAUGUUGAGAUGGACAAAGUUACACUCUUUGAUUUCAAGGCUGAACAGGGGAAUGGUAGAGAGGAGCUUGCUGCUGGACAAGGCAUUGACAAGUCUGUUGUGGAGUAUCCAGAGUUGCACAGUCACGUCCCUGCUUGCCAUUUCUGGGACCAGAGUGAACCAAGACUCUUUGUAUGUGAAGCAAUUCCUGAAACAGGCCUACAAUCUCCAGACCAAAAGAAAAACCAAACUGAGAGCACAAUGGAUGUUUGGAUUGUGUCGUUCUUCAGUACUGAAGAGCAUGGCCUUUUGCUUCAGGACAGCUUUCCAUUGCCUUCGUCCUACCAGGUUCUUCUGGGCAUAGAGGUCCCACAUUAUUACUUUGCAAAAAAGCCAGGAGAAGCUGAGAAAGGACAAGCAGAGUCUGACUCAAUCAAGAUCUCCCAGAUGGCUGCGAGAAGACCCAUGAGAGAUUUUGUUGGAUUGGGAGACUGUGAUAAGGCCACCCGGGAUGCCAUGCUGAACUUCAGCUUCCAUCUGACUGCUGGAGACAUGGACGAGGCCUUCAAAUCCAUCAAGCUGAUAAAAAGGAAGGCUGCUGGAAGGUGGAAGGAAGUAAUACAGAAAUCAGAGUCGCAUUGCUCUCGUGAAUAUCUCCAGCUGUGUUCUCCAACGGCUGCUUUGCGGCUCUGUUCCGCAUUAGGAUUUUCUGGAUAUCAACCAGUCUAA